CGAUGCGUGUGUAGUAGUGCUGUACUGUAAGUAUAUGAUACCUGAUGUGUCUACACUGAUGUGUCGUAUCUACUGCUAUUUAUAUUAGUAAAACUGCAAAUAUAUAAACGAGAUAAUGCCAAGUACAUGUUGCAUUGUUAAUUGCAAUAAUACGAGUAAAAAAGGAUAUCACUUAUUUAAAUUUCCGAUAAAACGUCCAGAGAUUUUUAAAAAAUGGAUUUGUGCAAUCGGAGGAAAUUUUACACCAAAAAAACACCAUGUAAUCUGUAGUGCUCACUUUUUACCUAAAGAUAUCAUGGAAAAAGCGGAUAUAAGUAGUGUUCUAUUAAAAAAUUUGGCUGUGCCAUCAAUAGCUCUGAGAGCUCCUGCUUGUGACACUGUUCCUGCAGUGGAAUGUAAUAGUGAUCCUCUGGUACAACCUGUUACGAGUUCCAUGAUGGAAUGUGAUACUAUUCCUGCGAUAGAAUACUUAACACUUAGAAUGUAUUCACUUACAAAAAGAACGAAAGAUAGAAAUCCUGCAAGUAACAGACACAAAUUUACAAAAUUAAUAUUAUUUAAUAACACAUAA